UCCUUACCUUCGUAUCCGUGCUUUGAGCUUUCUUAGAGAUUUAUAAGAUAGUUGAGAUAGUUUGAACUAAAUAAAAUGGCUAUUGAAAAUAAAGAAUAAUAUUUCUUUGCAAAUAUUACGUGUAAUCUCUAUUAGUGAUGAUCAGCACGAUUGGCAACUUAUGAAACCAAUGUGUAGCGAAAUACCCUAGAAUUACAAUGGGUUGAAAAAGUUACUGUGUGCAGCGAUUACCUGUUCACUACAUAUAUUCAUAAUAUUGUUUACUUUCCAACAACAACACACCUUCAAAUUGUUUAAGAUGGAGUUAGAUGUUUCGCCAGUUGAAAGUAUGGAUUUGGAGUAUUCGGAAAAUUCGUCUGAUAAUAAGUAUUUGACUUGCAAUAAUAAUGAGCAAUAUACUGUUAUUCGCAUUCCACAGGACAGUGAAAAACCCAGUAAACAUUCCUCUAAAAAGCAGUCUAAACGAAGAAAGAAAAGUUCCAAUCACUCUAGACCUUUACCUAGAAUUAUAGUGAAACCUUUACCCCCACCUCCACCCACUGAAAAUCGAGAAUGGAUGGCAGCAUCAUGUGUAGAAUCGAACUCUUCAAAUAAGCCAUCAACUAUGCGAGAAGUAUUAGCGAGUAUACCAGGUUUUUGCCUUAAACCCAGAAAAAGAAGUAGUAAAAAACUGUCAACAGCUGCUCAGUUACAGCAAACUAGGGAAGGGUUUAUAGAUUUAGAAACUCCAGACUCUAUACUUGUAAAUACCAACAUUAGAGCAUUAUUAAAUAAACACACAUUUUCUCUGCUACCCCCUCUGUAUCAAACUAAACUUGGACAGUUGCUUCCUAGUGUAGAUAGAAUAAGUUCUUCAGGUCGUCUAAGUUCAUCUAGUCUUAAUAAUGAAUUUUUUGCUCGUGCUUGCUUGGAAUGGCAAGAAAGUUUGUCAGGAGGAGAAUUUACUCCAGAAAAUCAACAAAAAAUGAAGACUGAAGCAGAAAGAGAAAAAUCUAAAAUUGAUCCAUGGAAAAUAAAACAUUUUGAACCAUUUUGGGGUGAAAAGUCUAGAAAAGAAAAAUCUACAGUUAAUAUGAAUUCGGAGAGACCAUCUCUGAAAACCACAAUAAAACUAAGACCUACUGCUUCAAUCACCAGUAGUAGUACAGUACCAAAAGUAAAAAAAAGUAAAUCUUCUAGCAAUAGUAAGAGAAUGCGUUCUGUUGGAGCUGUUACACGGUCAUCUGCUAAGGCAGAGGAAAAUGAAGAUGAAUGCAAUGUGCCUAUUAAUAAUAAGCCUGUAGCUCCGGUACCUGACUUGCUGCCACUUAAAUCUACUAAAAGUCAUACUCAAAGUUAUGAGGAGUGCCAAAUUGAUUUUAAUUUCUCAGAUUCAUCAGUAGCAAGAACUGAGGACACUGUUUCUACAACUCCAAUUGACCCACUCCUUAUACCUGAUAGUGAUAGUGUUUCUGAAAUGAAGCAAGAUUUAGAUAUGACUGUAGUAAAAAUAGAAGAAACAUCUAAGGACUUUGAAGAAGAAAAAUGUGGUGAUUCCAAUGUGUCCAACAGCAACAAAAGGUUAAGUAGUAAUGAUGAUGAAUAUCAAUUCUCUAAAAGAUUGAAAUUUGAAGAUGAUUUUAAAGUAUCCCAAAAACAGAGUGAUAAUACUAAUACUUUUCCAAAUGAUUUUCUUAAAGGGGAUAAAAGUUUUAGCAAUGAAUAUGCUAACUUAACAUUUUCAAAUAAAUUAAAGUUCAAUGUUAAAGUCACAGAUGCUCCAUUUCUUUCACAUCCCUUGCCAAGUACAGAUAACACUGGCUCAGAUAUUGACAUUAAUGAGAAUGGUGACGUAAUGUGUACUAGUGAUGACAAUGUUUAUCCUGAUCAAGAAACUGGGGACACCAAUAGUGAAGAUAGUAAAGCUACAAUAUCUGCUUAUGACUUUGAUGAACAAAGUGUAUCCUCUAUGUCUAGUAUAAAAAUUGAGGCCCACUUGGACACUAUUGUAAGUGAGCAAAAUGAAGAAAAACUAAAUUUUAAUACAGUUACUGACCAUGAGAAUAGUGAAAGGAUUGAAAAAGACAAUUUAAAGGACUCUAGUGAUAAUAAUGAAGAUGUUUGUGUACCUGAAACUAACGAAACAACAACAACAGUGCAUGGUUAUAAUCCAUCUUUAGAUACAGACACUAAUUGUUCCUCAGAAGGAAAAGAUAUCGUGGAGAAGGAAUUAUAUAAGAUAGAGCUAAUAAAAGAUAUUGAGAAUAAGAGUCCUAAAGAUGAACACCUAGAAAUAUCUCAUGUAAAUAUGGAUGGAACGGAAGGAAAAUCUCUAGAAAAAUGUAAAGAUAUACAAGAUGCUCCAAAUUAUUAUGAUGAACAUUUUAAGGAUGCAGAGUCAUUCAUAAUGGAGACUGGUGGGCUACCUAUUAUUGCUUCUCAAAAUGAAGAUGCCAAGUAUAGUCAGUCUAAUUUUAUGGAACUGACUUCAUAUAUGAAUGAAUCAAAUGUAACAGCAGUAGUAACAAUGCCAAUUACACAAACAACAUCUUUACCAAUGAUGGAAGUUACAAACACAUCUAUGGUAUCAUAUCCGGAUGACCUACAAGAUCCAGCAAAACCUAAGAGUUCUGCUAUAUUAUGGAAGUCAGAAAAUGAGUGGGUGAAUAAUGAAAAUAUUAUAACACUACAUAACUUCUCUACUAUCAACAAUGACAGUGCUAAGUAUGUGAGUGAGGAUUCUAAGACUAGCAUUGAAGAUGUUCAUAUAAAUGACGAGAAUUGUAUGUACAAAGAGGAAAGAGACGCAAAUUUCAACAUGGAAUCGUCAAACUCAUCAGAAAGCUGCCAGUCAAUGAAGGAGGUGGCCUUAAAGGAUAAUGAAUCGGCUCCUAGUGUAGUGUCGAGUACGACAGUGGCUAAUCAAUCCCUCAAUUCAACUACUGUCACUCAUUCCGUGAGAUCUGGCAAGAAAACGAAGUUAGGAAAAGAAUCUAACAGAAGCCGUAGUUCUAAUAAAGUUCCACCGGGUGCUGUGAAUCUAGAACGGAGUUACCAAAUCUGCCAAGCCGUGAUUCAGAAUAGCCCAAACCGAGAUGCUCUAAGGAGUCAGCUCAGGCCUCCACCGGCGCUCCUUACAAGGCCUAAUCGACAGCCUAGGCCUCCGCCCCCGGUUCUUGUGAGACAGGUCUCCAAUGCUGUCAUACAGCAUAAUGAGAUAAAUGAGAAUCGACCUAACAAUAUGGGCCAGUACAUUCUAGUUCAAAGGACACCAAACGUUGCACCUCGAGCCUCGAGUGCUCCUCCCACUAAUCAAAAUAGCAAUAUUAAUGUUACUCGAUGUAGAAGCGUAGGCGCAGAAGAUUCGUGUGUAUGCAACCUACGGGCUAUGAUCCUAUGUAAGAAGUGUGGUGCCUUCUGUCAUGACGACUGUAUUGGAUCGGCAGAACUCUGCCUCACAUGUCUGAUACGUUGACCAUAAAAUAAGGGUUAUUCUUACCUUGGUUUCCAUAGCGACGUUGUCAAAAUUUGUUUUUGGUGACAGACAUAGCUGUUAAAAGCGAUAUCUUUCGCUUAAACUUUUCGAUAGUUUUGUCAAGUAUUCAUAUAAAUAAACUAUACUAUAUAUAAUCGUGAGUUACACGUUUUCCAAAUGGUUUAGUUUACUAUAUGAAUUUCGAAAAUGAUAUAUGUAAAUUAGUGUUGUGAAAUGUUUUUAGUUACAAAUACGCUCAGAAUGCGCUGCUGAAAUUUUCCAUUUUUUAUUUGUUUAUAAGUCCUUGCCCAGCGAGCGUUUACUACUUAUAACUCAUUUUCAAUGAAAAUAUUACAAAAUUCAUCAUAUAAAAAACAAUAGAUAUUAUUCUGAAUGAUUAACAGAUUUUAUCCAAUUAUUUUUUUCUGAAGUGUUGGCAGAAAGAUGUCGCUUUUGACAAAUUAUUCAGGUUUUAAAAGUUCAAAAAUUAUAUGAUUCAGAACACUAUUCGUAACUGCGACGUAUCGUAGAUUUAAAUCUAUGAACAAAUGCGUUUUAUGAAUCAACAAUUCGUUACAAUUACGACUAGAAUUCUUCAUAUUGAAUCUGCUCGAGUUUUAUUAAUUUCGUCUUAGUGCAGGUAUUUUGAUUUGUUAAAAAACAUGGACUAUAGCCGUGUUUGUUACCAUGGUAACGAUGUAACCCGUAAGAAAUCGUGACUAGGGUCUCUCUUUAGUCCAAAUUUUACAAUCGAUCGCUUGAUAUCUAAAUUACUGUAUUUAUGAGCUAUUUUCCAAAAACUUUGGAUAAUCGAAAAAUCUGCUUUUUUGAUGACUGCGUGUGUCUGUCCAGGGAGUGCUCUCUAAAUUUGUGUUGACGAGUGCGUAUUUCUAUCGUUAUAGAUAUCUGCUUUAUUUUUAUACUCAUAGUCUGUGGAAGAGAACUGGCGUGUCGGUUAUGCGAACUAAUAAAAUUCUUAAUUACGCAUCAUUUUAUUUAUUCACAAAAAGUUGAUAGUAAAUACAUAGGUAUUCAGUAUCAAGAUUAUUACUGUUGAACUAUAACAAGCUAAGUGUUGCCAGUGUUGCAAGCACUCUUAGUACCUCAACGAGGAUGCUUCUCUUUCCGUACAGACCCGCCCUAAGGAGAGCCUUAUGCCAUACAUAAAUAGGUAUGAUUAAGGAACAUUGGUCUGUAUUGCAAAGCCAAAUGAAAAAGUGGUUGUAUGAAUGGUGGUGCUAUGAAUGACCGAAUAAACAAUCCUUUUCGAGUAUAAAAUAAUUUGUCAAAACAUUCAAUCCAAUUAAUGGAUUCAUAAUAAAAAAUCAGACACGAGGUUUCUUUUAUUAAAGGAACGAGUUCUGUCUUUGAGACAGAUUAAUUAUAUUUAUCGUUUAGUAUAGCUGUGCCGUGAUUUGAAUGCAAUAGAGAUUUUGGGCUAUAGAAUGUUGAGUGCGACUUGAAAAUAUAUAUUUAUACAUUUGGUAUACCUAUCUGUCUUGUGGAUGUACCACAAUACAAUAUGAAU